AUGAGUGAGAGGGUGAGGAGGGGGUGUGUCAGCACUUCCCUAUGUCCCCCAGGACCUCAGCUACUCCCUCAGCCCUCCUCCUGUUUGAUGCUGCUGCUGCUGCUGCGUCAGUGCUUCACACCGGAGCGGAGACGGAGCACUUAUUUGGAACUACGGCACGUCUGCUGGGUUCCCACGCCAGCCCCGGACAGCGGAGUCAUGGCCCCUCCCCCUGUGCACCGUCACCUCCGGGGCCCCAGCUGUCCCGACACACGCCGAUCCUCCAGAGACAUGACCCCGCCCCCCCCUCUGGAGACCACCCUGACCUGCACCUUGGACCUUGGAGCCCUGAGCCCCCUCCCUGAGCAGGUGCACCUCAUCUCAUAUGCAGAUUGCGACGCGUGUCUCUCUCUGAUUAAGGCGCGGACCAAGCUUGCUCCACAGCUGCUAAUGCCAAACCAGCUCUUAUCCAUGUGCGCCGGCUAA